AUGUCUAACUGCCCUCAGUCCCCCCACUCGAACCGCACCCGCACCAUCCUCCACGCCGCAAAGAAUGGCAAAUACGCCGUCGGCGCCUACAACUGCUAUAAUACCGACGGCAUCAUGGCCGUCAUCCGCGCCGCCGAGCGCAUGCGCAGCCCCGCCAUAAUCCAACUCUUCCCCUGGACCAUGCACUUUCAAGGUGCGCACUUCAUCCGCUUCGUCGUCGCCGCUGCACAUGCCGCUUCUGUCCCUGUCGCCGUGCAUCUCGACCACUGCAUUAACCCCGCAGAUAUUGAUCUCGCUCUCACUCUUCCCUUUGACUCGAUCAUGAUCGAUGGGUCAAGCAUGAACGAGGCCGAGAAUAUCGCGGUCUGCGCGAGCACUGUCAGCAAGGCGCAUGAGCGCGGUAUGACGGUUGAGGUUGAGUUAGGGCGCAUUGAGGGAGGGGAGGAUGGGCUUCCCAGCGUGGAUUUAGGCAGUGUGUUAACGAGGCCAGGCGAUGCGAGGCGGUUCCUGGAGGCGACUCAGGCGGACUUUUUGGCGCCGAGCUUUGGGAACGUGCAUGGGGGCUACGGACUUGUGGGAGCGGAGAAAUGUUGGGAUUUAGACUUGCUUCAACAGAUCCAACAGGCUAUCCCGUCCACCCCGCUGGUCUUGCAUGGAACGCACCCGGUCUCCGACGAGCUGUUUCGCAAGGCCAUUGAGUGCGGCAUGAGCAAGGUGAAUGUCAACCGGACGGUGCGCGACAAAUACACGGAGUUUGUGGCAGAGAACGCAGGCGAGAUGGAGUUGACGACGCUCAAGGUGCAGGCGGUCGAGGUGUAUACCGAGUCGGUAGAGAGGGUGAUGAAACUGUUUGGCUCGGCGGGCAAGGCUUGA